AUGGCCACGCGCUGGGGAAUCUGUGGAGCAGGCAAGAUCAGCCAUGACUUCAUGGUGGCGUUGAAAACCCUCCCUGCAUCAGAACAUCAGGUGGCGGCUGUUGCCUCCCGGGAUUCCUCCCGGGCCCGGGAAUUCGCAGAGCGACAUGAAAUCCCCAAAUCAUACGGUUCAUACAGAGAGCUGGCAGCUGAUCCCGAUGUCGACAUUGUCUACGUGGGAAUCAUUAACCCAGAGCACCUGAAGGUGGCUUUGCUCAUGUUGGCGGCUGGAAGGAAUGUUCUCUGUGAGAAACCCUUGGCCAUGAACCUGCAUGAAGUCCAACAGCUGGUCAGUGCAGCCCGAGACAAGAACCUUUUUCUCAUGGAGGGUUUAUGGACACGGUUUUUCCCGGUCUCUAAGGCAAUCCGUGCUCUGCUAAAAGAGAACAGUGUGGGCGAGAUUAAAAUAGUUAAAGCAGAGUUUGGAACGCAAAUGAUGGAAACUCCACGGCUGGUGGAGAAAGAAUUGGGUGGCGGAGUACUUCUGGACAUUGGCUGUUACUGCUUGCAGUUUGUCUGCAUGGCAUUCCAUGGUGAAAAGCCUGAGUCAAUUCAUGCCACAGGAUUCCUAACUGAGAAGGGAGUUGAUGAAGCAGUAACCAUUGUGCUGAAGUACCCCCGAAAACGAAUGGCUAUGGUAACUGUAUCCAUGGCAAUACAGCUCACUAACCAGGCAACCAUCUGUGGGACAAAAGGGACAAUCACAGUUCCAGGCUAUAUGUGGUGCCCAACAAGUCUGGUGGUGAAUGGGAAGGUCCAGGAGUUCCCACUGCCACCUCCAUCUCAACCUCUCAACUUCACAAACAGCACAGGCCUGCGUUAUGAAGCUGACCAAGUGAGGCAAUGUCUUCAGAAAGGGCUAAAGGAGUGUCCUGAGUUGCCACUGGCUGAAAGUGAGCUGAUAAUGAGCAUUCUGGAUGAGGCACGAAGGCAGCUGGGGGUAGUGUACGCUCAAGACAGCCUGAAGCAAGAAAAACUCCUGAUUGUGUGA